GCUGAGAUGCUGGAGCGCCCCUGCUGGGGAAAACGCUGCCCCAGCCCAGCAGGAAGUGCCCCCCUUAGCCCCGGAGCUGCAGCUACACUUUGCUGGGUGACAUUUCGCUCUGUGCAUGGCCCAGCUGGCUUCAAAGGCAUCAAAGCAUGUGCGGCGGGUGGGGAGGCCCAACUGAACCUCAGCCUCUUGAGAGCGAGGGCAGGCAGGCGGUGGCCUGGGGAGGGAGGAUAAAUAGGGCAGAGGCGGGGGCAUCGGGAGGCUGGUGGAGACUGACAGAAACGGGCAGCGAUACAGCACCUGGGGAGUGCACCAGGCUGCAAACUGGGGGGAAGCAUUUUGCCAUCUCAGAUGUUGGGGAAGGCAGCCAGCUGCAAUCACACAAGCCAGGGCCAGAGGGCAGUGGAGCAGCUGCGGACAGAAGCCGGGCUGGAGAGAAUGAAGGUCUCCCAGGCAGCCAGUGAGCUGCUGCAGUACUGCCGGGCCCAUGCCCAGAGCGACCCGCUGCUGACCGGUGUCCCUGCCUCUGCCAACCCCUUCAGAGACAAGAAAACCUGCAGCAUCCUGUGA